UAGCCAAGACACAACGCAGACAGACCUAGAAAACAGAAAUCGCUCGCUCUCUCUGCGCACCCAUUCCAUUUCUCCACACUUUUCUUGUUCUCAUCUAUUCCCUCAUCCCACAUCCCAUUUUUUCCGCAAUUUCUAUGAUCUAAUUUAUUCAGCAAUAUAACAACAACGGGAACGGGAAAGCGUGGCGUGGCGGUUGAGAGCGGCGGUCGGGAGGAUGUUCGAGCCGUGGGAGGAGGGCGGCGCGGAGCAGGCGGCGGAGGAGCAGGAGCAGGACCCUGGAUCCUUCGAGGACAGCGACCGCUUCGAGGAGGACUCGCUGUGCUCCUACGUCAGCGAGACGGAAUCCCUCUGCAAUAACUGGCGGGGCUGGCGCAAGACGACGACGGCCAGCACGGGCACCAAUCCCGCCAGCAGCAGGCUCAGUCCGCUGCCAGCCAAGGUUGCGCAAGCGCAGCCCAACGGAGAAUGCGGCGUGUGGAGCCUGCUGGAGCUGGCCUGUCGCCAAGUGGCGCGGCACCUGCCCUUCGAAGUGGUGGAGAAGCACAGCCACCCCGUGGCCGAGCACCUGCAGAAGCGCAUCGCCUUCUGGAGCUUCCCCGAGAACGACGAAGACAUUCGGCUGUACGCCUGCCUGGCCAACGGGAACGCCGAGGAGUUCCAGAAGGGCGAGCAUCUGCACAAGGGGAAGUUGGUCAAAGAUGUCCUGCAGAUUGGCUUCCACCUGAGCGCCGCGGUGAUCCCGCCGCACUCUGGCGCCACUGCCAACAACGUGCUGAACGCGCCGCUGCAGACGGUGUUCAACGUGGCCGUCACCUUCGACCGCUGCCGCAUCACCUCCUGCAGCUGCACCUGCCGUCGCGCCUCCCCCAGCGCCAGCACGACCUGGUGCGCCCACGUCGUCGCCGUCUGUCUGCAGCGCAUCCACCAGCCCCAUUCAGCCAUGCUGCGCGCCUCCCUCUCCGAGUCCCUGGAGCGCCUCAGUCUGUACCAGCUGCGCAAGUUUGCCCAGUACUUCAUCAGUGAGCUCCCUCGGCAGGUGUUGCCGACGGCGCAGCAGCUGCUGGACCAGCUGCUGAUCAGCGCCUCCAGCAUCAACGGCACGCACGGCGCCCCCGACCCCACCGCCGGGCCCUCGGCGCACGACCACAGCAGCUGGUGCCUCAACGAGGACGGCCUGCACGAGAACAUCCGCAACCUGCUCGUCAAGUUCUGCGUGCCCACGCCCCUCGUCUGCAGCGACGUCAACUUCCUCUCCACCUACGCGCCGCCGGCCGCCUCCGAGUGGAGCAACCUCCUCAAGCAGUUCCGCGGCCGCGAGCCGGAAGGCAUGUGGAACCUGCUCUCCAUCAUCCGCGAGAUGUUCCGCCGCGGCGACAACAACGCCGUUCCGCUCCUCACCAUCGUCACCGAGGAGUGUCUGGCCUGCGAGCAGGUGGUGACGUGGUGGUACAGCGCCAAGUUGCAGCAGAGCGCCCACGGCAUCAGCUACGGCUUCGGCCGUAUGGGCAACGCGCCGGCCGUGGCCGCCAGCGGCCAGCAGAGCGCCUGCGCCGGCCUCAUGGACGAAGUGGCCACCUUGUGGCGGCUGGCCGUCCUCAACCCCGCCAACGCCGACCUCGACCGCGUCCAACUCAAGGCCCAGCUAGAGACCUACCAGGCCAAGUGCGUGGAGAAGCUCCCGCGACCAAAAGACGGCGCCGGACAGCCGCCGGGAACGGAGCAGGAGCAGUUCGUCGGCUUCCGGCCGGCCAUCGACGCCUGCGCGUUAAGCUGGGACAACUACUGCCUCAACGGCGUCGGGCGGCCGUACGCCCCGCUGCCCGUCGACCCCCUCCCGGACGCACCCGGGAACGAGGCAGCCUUCUCCAAGGAGGUGCUGUUCAUGCGCGCCGAAGCGCUGUACGUGCACGGCUGCACCGCCGACGCCUGUCGCUUGGCCGUCGUCCUGGCGGAGGACCUCCUGGAGCGCCCGCCGGACUUCAUCCAGCUGGAGAAGACCAGCGCCGUCAGCGAUGGGCGCGCCAAGAAGCGCCUUCUCCAGCAGUUGACCCUCGCCGCGACGGCAUCUCUGACGCAGCUGGCCUUCCUCAUCAGCGUCCUGAUGGAGAACGAAGCCUACCACCUGGCCUUCCGCCUCGGCCUCCUGGCCAUCGAGCUGGCCCGCCCCCCGGCCAGCUCCAAGGCCCUGGAGGUGAAGAUGGCGCACCAGGAGAGCGAGAUUGUGGUGCUCUUGAAGAAGAUCCCACAGGCCCGCCCGGAAGUGGAGAUCCUGCGCCAGCGGGCCGUCGCGCUGCGCGACGGGACGGUCAAGUCGCGGGGCGAUGCGCUGUUGCCGCUGCCGUUGGCGCUCUUCGUCUUUGAAUCGCUCUCCAAUGCCGCGCGCCAAAGCGGGAACGCCCACGACGAGGAGCUGGCCUUCGACGCCGCGGUGAUGGCGCUGGGGAUGAAGAGCAACGUGGCGGAGGCGGAGCAUCCCCUGGUGUGCGAGGGGACGCGGCGGCAGCGCGGUGAACUGGCUUGUUUACUGCUGGUGACGUACAAGGACGACAACAGCCGACUUCGAAAGGUGAUGCACCAGCUGCUGGACAAAGAUCUGUACAAAAGCCACCGCAACGGCGUGAAGUACUCGCCGCCCUGCAACAAAUCCUCCCCGCGGAAUUCCAGUUAUUUAACCGUGCCGAAUAAUGCUCAACAGGCGGGAUUGCCGGCUCUUGUCGGGGAAAUUAGUCUGGAAGACCAGAGAGAAGCCGUCCCGGUGGCCAGAGCGCCCGUCGGCGAAGAGAAUAUAGUGAGACCGGCGGAGUCGGAGGACUCGAGCGCCCUGGACGAGGACAACAAGGACUGGGAGAGCAAGCUGCGCUGCACGGUGUUCAAGCCGCGCCGGCGGCACUCCAACCACCUCGCGGGCGGCAUCGACAGCUCCGCGCCGGAGACGACCAGCAGCGACAACAGUCCGACGCUGAUCCGGCGCUUCCCGCGGCUCGGGGCGGGCGCCAAGGGCAACGAGGCCGACAGCGCCAGCAGCGGCGACUCCAGCUCCGACUCGCGCGACUCCUCCUUCCGCCGCGACGACGACCUAAGCCAGUGCGUGCCGGCGCCGCCCAGGGCGGUCGUCCCGGCCCCUGCGCCGGCGGCGGUGCCCGUGGUGGACAGUCUGGCGCGCAGCUCGACGCCCUGCGCGCGCAACGGCAAGCGCAACGCCAAGAAGUCGCCGACGGAGCCCAACCAGCCCAGCGAGGCCAUGGCGCACUUCAUGUUCGAGCUGGCCAAGAGUGUUUUGGUCAAGGCCGGCGGGGACGUCAGCAACGCGCUGUUCCAGCCGGUGGCGGGACAGCAACUGGGCCUGCCGCACCGCGAGCUGCACAUGUGCGCCUACCAGAUUGGCCUCUACGCGCUCGGUAUUCAGAACUGUGUGAGCCAGAAUUGGCAAUCGCGGACGUAUUCCUCGCAUGUGUCGUGGAUUACCAAUCAGGCGAUGGAGCUGGGCUUCGAGGCGGUCAACUUCCUGAUCGACACCUGGGAGAGCCACCUGACCCCGUCGGAGGUGGCGGUGCUGGCCGACAAGGCCUCGCGCAGCAGCGACCUUCAAAUGGUGCGCGCGGCGGCGGAGUUGGCGCAGUCGGUGCUGUCGCACUCGUCGGCGCUGAACCCCGCGGAGAUCCAGCGCGCCCUGGCGCAGUGCAAGGAGCAGGACGGGCCCAUGCUGGAGCAGGCGCUGCUGGCCGUCGAGGCCUCGGCGCGCGGCGGCGGCGUCUGUCCCGAGGCGCUCUUCGACGUGGCGCGCAAGUGGUACGACCUCUUCGCCGAGGCCACCGGCGAGCUGCCGCUGCUGGCCAACGCCGCCGAGGACGGCCACAACCCCGCCGUCUUCAGCAACAACCACCUGGACCAUCCCGCGCUGCAUCCGCACCAGAACCUGAUGCCGCUGGCCUACCAGCCGCACCUGCAGCACCACCCGCAGUACUCUUACCACCACCACUACGCGCCCAACCCCGCCGCCGUCCUGGCCGUGCUGCGCCACCACCACCCCUACGUGCAGCACCACGGCCUGGUGCAACAGCAGCAGCGCCACCCGAUGAAUCCCUACUACCAGCAGAUGCAGCUGGGCAUGCUCAUACCCGGCGGGAUGCCCGCCGUUGUUCGGCCGCCCAUGCACCGUUUCGCGCACCCCCAUCCCUCCUUGGCCGGCAUCCCGGGCCUCAACGGGCUGGUGAUGCCGCCGACGCCGGCGGCGGCCAGCGGCAGUAUUUCGCCGGCCGUGUUGCAGUAUUUGACUUCCGCCUACCGUGUGGGCAUGCUGGCCAUGGACACGCUGGCGCGGCGCCUGCCCGACGGCCACGUGAACAAGUACAGCCGCGCGCCGCCGCACGCCGAGUCGAUCAAGUGGCUGGUGGCGGUGUCGUUCAGGCUGGGCAGUCAGUCGCUGCUGGAGAUGUGCCGCGCCGUGGAGAACACGGUGUCCAGUCCGUCGAUGCUGUGGGAGAUCGCGCGCGCCGCCGCGCUCUUCCUGGCCGACAGCGAGUUCCCGCACCGCGAGAUGCUGGACGCCGACCCGGGCACGCGCGCCGCCUUCCAGCAGCUCCUGCUGGACAAGUACCUGCGCGUGCAGGCCGUGCAGACGCUCAUCAAGAAGAGCACGCAGAUGUUCAACCUGUGCCUGCGCCAGAAGCUCCUCUACAUCGCGCCGGCCGACUACGAGGACUUUCUAAGCACGGUGGAGGAGGCGCGCAAGGUGUACAGCCAGCUGGCCAACGUCAACUGGAGCUUCCAGUUCCACAACCUCCUGACGGAGAUCCGCGAGCAGCUGGCCGGCAAGCGCGACCUGCUGCAGCGCCUCAACGCCAUCACCGGCCAACACCUCGUCCCCAACAACGUCAACGGCCAUCCUUAACCGGAAAAGGAGCGUCUAACCCGCCGUGCUGGUCACUCUUGUUGUUUUUAACCCGUUUUUAACCCCCUUUUUACUCUUGUUGUGUCCGUGUGGUACGUUUAACUGCACCGGCUGAUUUCAGUUUGUUCAGUAGAUUUUGACUUUAUUGGUGUUACGUGAGGUACUGAAUUUGUGGUAACUUGUGCUAAUUACUCAGACAGG